GUAGUGUCGCGGAUUUAAACUACUAUUGUUCAAAAUUAAUGUCGACUAAAAGUGAAAAAGAACAAAAAGAAAAAAAAAAAAAUUAUUUAACCUAAUAAAGAGGAAAAAAUUGUUGUUUUUUUUUAUAAGAAGAAUAAAUAAAUUAAUAAUUAUUUAAUGAACUUUUGACAAAUAUUUUAUUGAAAUUUUAAAAUUAGCUUAAAAAAAUUUUGAAUUUCAAAAUAAGUUAAACAAAGUAAAUAAGAAAACUUUAAGAAUCAAAUUUCUUAGAAAUAAAAAUCAUUUAAAAAUAUUUUUGAAAUGUCGUCGAAACAAAAACAUGAAAUAAUUAAAGAUCCAGCUGAACAAUUGAAUUUAUUAUCGGGAGAAAUGGGAGUUACAAAAAAUUUGGAUAUAAAAACUAAGGAAGAACUAAAAUCAUCCGGUAUUGAAAUAAUAGACACCGAUUCCGAAAAUGAAUUCGUACCAUUAAAUGUUAUUAAAAAUACAUGGACAGAAAAUAAUUUAAAUGAUGAAUCAUCGAUACCAGUUGAUCUUAAAUUAACUAAUAGAAGUCCAACAAAACAAUUUUAUCAUAUUAGUAGAGAUGGUGAAACUGAUAAUGAUGAUGAUGAUAUAUUCCAUGAUUUAGAUGAAAUGGUAUUAAGAAAACGUCAUCGUUGGUCAAUCAAUGAUAGUGAUUCAUUUGAUUUGAAUAGUUUACCCAAUCCACUAGAGGAUAUCUUAGAUGAUGAGGAUGAUGACUUGGAAGAUGGUCCAGGUUGUCCAUUACCAUCGACACCAGAUGAUACAACAUUGAUAGAAUCAGAGUGGGAUGGUGUUAAACCAAAAAAUCGAAAAGAUUGGCCGUCUUUAUUGUUAUCAUCUUUAACGAUGACCGAAGUCUUAAAAGCUGGUGUAUUAGCAGAUGAAAUCGAUUUAGGUGCUUUAGCACAUAAUGCUGCCGAACAAGCUGAAGUAUUUGUAAGAAAAGUAUGGGAAGCUGGUUGGAUUGUAUGUCAUUUUAAACAUUUACCAACAUGGUUACAAGAUAAUGAUUUCUUACAUACUGGACAUCGUCCACCAUUACCAUCUUUUAGAGCAUGUUUUAAAUCAAUAUUUCGUAUACAUACAGAAACUGGCAACAUUUGGACACAUUUAUUAGGCUGUGUUGCAUUUAUUGGAAUAGCAAUGUACUUUUGGACAAGACCAUUACAUGAAAUUCAAUUACAGGAAAAAAUAAUAUUUGGUGCCUUCUUUGUUGGCGCUAUAAUAUGUUUAGGAUUUUCAUUUGCUUUUCAUACUUUGAGUUGUCACUCGGAACAAAUUGGCAAAUUGUUUUCAAAAUUAGAUUAUUGUGGCAUUGCAUUAUUAAUAAUGGGAUCGUUUGUACCAUGGUUAUAUUAUGGAUUUUAUUGUCAUUAUCAACCGAAGUUAAUAUACUUAUCUGUUGUCUGUGUCCUAGGAAUGUUAUCGAUAAUUGUGUCAUUAUGGGAUAAAUUUUCUGAGCCAAAUUUAAGGCCACUAAGAGCUGGUGUAUUUAUGAGCUUUGGUUUAUCUGGCAUCAUUCCAGCUGUACAUUAUGUAUUAAUGGAAGGUUAUAUCAGCAAAAUUAGUCAAAGUAGUUUAGGGUGGUUAUGUUUAAUGGGUCUCUUGUAUAUUCUUGGGGCGCUAUUUUACGCUUUACGUGUACCAGAAAGAUGGUUUCCGGGAAAGUGUGAUUUAUGGUUCCAAUCUCAUCAAAUUUUCCACGUCUUAGUAAUAGCAGCUGCAUUCGUACAUUAUCAUGGAAUAACUGAAAUGGCAAUGUAUAGAAUUACAGUUGGCGAAUGCUCUGCGGUUACGCUGUGAAGAUAUUCAAAAAAAAAUAUUUUUUUUUCUUAAAUAAUAUUAAAAAUUAUUAAAUGAAUAGAAAAAAAUGUACGGUUAAUUGCUAGUGAAAUUGAAAGAAAUAGAAACUGAUGUCAAAUUUUUGUAUAAAUGACAGCUAAAGUUAAAACACAAAUAAAUGAAAGAUUUUUUUUAAUAAACUUGAAUAAUUUUCUUGGAUAUUUUUUUUGUUAUAGUCUGUGUUAUUAUAUUACUUUUUUAAAAAUUUUCAAUAUUAAUUUAGAAAUUUUGUUUAAAUAUUUCUUUAAAGCCGAAUUCUUUAUUCUAUGUUCUAUAUUUUUUUCAAAAUUUGUAAAAUAAAAUAGUUCUUGUAGUUUGAUAAUAAAAAUUUUUAUAUACAUACAUAUUUGAGAAAAUUACUUUGGCAAUUAAUUUGAAAGUAUCAGGAUGACGUUUUCAAAUGCCUAAUUGAAUUUUAAUUUUUCAGAAAUUUUAACAGAACAGUUAUAUAAGUUCGAUUUUCAUUACAACUGAAACUUAAUAUAAUAUAUUAAUAUGCAUUUGAUAUAUUUUUAUAAGUCAACUGCCGAUACUAAUUUUACUAAAAAAAAUGAUUGUAACAAAAUGUCGGUAUUCCAAAAAAAAUUUUCGGAAAAAAUAAUUUCUAUCAAUGCAACAUAGAAAAUGUACUUUUGAAGGAUUGCUAAAUAUUGCAUAAUAUUAUAACUAUUCUGGAGGAUGGAUACAUUCAAAGGUACUAAAUAAAUUGUUAGUUUCUUAAAUAUUUACAUAUAACUAAUAAUUUUUAGUGGUUACCCUACGACUAUGAUGAAAUAUGUGCAAGACCUUCCCAAAAUUAAAGUCUAUAUAAAAAAGACUAUGAUUUUAAAUUGGCAAUUAAUUUAAAUGUUAAAUGAAAUUGGGAUAUGUAAAUACAAAUCAUUUUGAAAAUAAAAUAAAAAAUUUCUGUGUUGCGGAUAACAACAGUCAUGCACAUAAUAAAUUUAAGUAAUUUACAACCUUUACAACAUAAUAAAAUUAUGUAAUUAACAACAAUUAUUAAUUUUAUAACUGAAACAACCAAAAAUGAUAUUUUAAAACCAACAGAGGCUUUAUAAAUCUAAUUAAGUUAUUGAUAAGAAAAAAUUAACACUAUUUUGUUAUUUGUUACAAUGUUAAUAUUACAUCAUUUAUAAAGUGUGCCCAAAAACAAAUUUUACUUUUUAAUAUGCAACAUUAUUGAAUGAAUCCCAUAAUCCUUAUGUGAUAAAAACUUUUGAAAGUCAAAAAUUUUUUUUAAUUUUUUUGGUAUUGUUACAAUUAUAAAAUUUUUGCGAAAAAAAAAAUCAAAUUUGCCAAAGUAAUUACUUUUCUUCCUGAUAUAUUUUAAACAAAUUUGACACUUUAAUUAAUGUUAUUCGAAUAAAAAGCUAAAUUUUUUUUUGAAAAGUAUAAAUUUAUUAUUAUUAUUUAAAUAAAUCUUUAUGAGAAUAACAAAUACUUCUUUUAAAAUUAUGAUAGUAUAAAGAAAUAUCAAAAUAAAUAAUUCUAUUAAUAUUAAAAUUUAUUUGUAAAUUUUUCAACAAAAAAAAAAAUAUGUAAUACAUAUUUAUUUAUAUAUAAUUACUUUUUUAUUAUGUUUAAAUUAUACACAUAUGCAUGUAUAUAUAUAUGUAUAUAUUUUUUAAAGAAACAAUUUUGACUAUUUAAGUAAAAAUGAAUUGGUAAAAGAAAAUUGGAUUGCGGGUAUAUUCCUAACAUAUUUAAUGUAGAAUAUGAGAGACUUGUUUUUGUAAAACUAUAAAUGCUAUGAAUAAUAGAAUGUUACUAUGUUCAAUAACUGCAGGUUAAUUUUUAAUGAAUUUCUUAAAAUAACUUAAUAAAUAUAAAAAUGAUUUUUAUACAAAUGAAAAUUUUUAAACGCAUAAAUAAUAUUAAAUUCAAUUCAAAAAUAAAAUAUACACAUUAUUAAUAUUAUUUUAUCAACCAUUAUUAAGCUAUGCUCACACUUUAAUAUUAAGACAAAAUAUAAAAAUAAAAAAGGAUAAAAAUUAGAUUAAAAAUUUCUAUCUACAAAAUUUAGUCAUCGUAUAUUAAUAAGAAAUUGUUAAUGAAUUCUCAUAAAUUACAUGUUCCAAAUUUUACCACUAUUUAAACUUAUAAAUGCUCAGAAAUAAAUAAAAUUAAAAAAAACGAAUCUUUAUUUAAAAAAAAAAGAAAAAUAUUUAAUUUACAGCAAAAUUUUUAAACGAAAUGCUUUUUAAAAUUUUAGAUAUUUUAUAUAAAGUAAUGUUGAUAAGAUAUUUUUAAUAAAGAACAUUAAUAUUUUUAAAUUAAAACAUUGUUUUUGAGUUCAUCUUACUUUAUUAUAACUUGUAUCAUAUUAUGUAUUCAUGUAACAAUUUAGUGAAAUUGAAUGUAAUAUUUAACUUAGAACUUAUUAUCAAUUCGGUUUUGCUGCUGCCAAAAUUUGACACUGUAGCAUUGACCGCUAUAACCACUUCUUAAUGAUAAUGUAAACAUAGCUUAAUAAGAUUAAUAUACAUCAUAAAAUCUAUGGAAUUACCAUUAAUGUAGAGAAAAAAUUAAUUAUGUUCUCCUUUGUUCUUUUUUUAAUGUGUUGGUUAAUAAAAACUCAAUACUGAAA